AAACAGAGAGACAUGAACUCAGCCCCUCAUCUUCUUCUGCUUCACCAAUCUCUCCCGCCAAUACAAAACCCAAAACCCACACUCGCGGCGCAGAAUAGCACCCCCGGCGCACGACAAUCGACCCCAACUUAUAUAACAGCUUGCGCCAAAACAACACGAAAGACAGGCGGAGGAGGAGGAAGAAGAAAGAACCCAGAUGACUACCACGCCACUCUUACCGCUCUCAACUCCAAAGGCCGGUUCCCCCGCAAAUCACUUGGCCAGCAUUACAUGUUGGACUCGGAGGUCAAUGACCAACUUGUGGCUGCGGCUGAAGUUGGGGAAGGUGAUGUGGUGCUGGAAAUUGGACCCGGAACUGGUUCUUUGACUAAUGUUCUUAUCAAUGCUGGUGCCACUGUGCUCGCUAUCGAAAAGGAUCCAUACAUGGCUACCCUUGUUAGCGAAAGGUUUGCGCAGACUGGUCAGUUGAAGGUUUUGCAAGAGGACUUUGUCAAAUGUCAUAUUCAUUCACAUAUGUCAUCAUUGUUGAGUAGUAUAGAGUCAUCCGGGGCAAGUCCAAGACAUGCGAAAGUAGUUGCUAACAUACCCUUUAAUAUAAGUACAGAUGUAGUCAAACAACUUCUUCCAAUGGGUGACAUCUUCUCUGAAGUAGUUCUCUUACUCCAGGAGGAGACAGCUUUUCGCUUGGUCAAGUCAUAUCUGCGGACAUCUGAAUACCGGCCUAUCAAUAUCUUCAUCAAUUUCUAUUCAGAUCCUGAAUUCAAAUUUAAGGUCCCCAGGGCAAACUUCUUUCCUCAGCCUAACGUUGAUGCUGCUGUUGUUAAGUUUAGGCUGAAGGAACCUACACAGUAUCCCUCAGUUUCCUCGACUAAAAGCUUCUUUUCUAUGGUGAAUUCAGCUUUUAAUGGGAAACGCAAAAUGUUGCGGAAAUCACUUCAGCACAUAUGCACACCCUCAGAGAUUGAAAGUGCUUUGGAAAAUGUCGGUCGACCUGCCACGUCAAGACCAGAAGAGCUAACCACGGAGGAUUUUGUAAAGCUGCAUAAUAUGAUUGUGACAGAGUAACUAUCCGUGGUUUCCCUGGAAGACCAAAUGCAAGCUAGCCUGUUCCACACCAUGAGUUGCACCAUAUUUCAAAGAGUGAUGCAACAGCAUACAAGGCAAACUGGACAACUUCCGUUAUUCUACUGAUGGAACUGGCAAAUGGAGAAAUCAAUGGAUUAUUGGCAGACUUGUUCUGCAGAACUGUUUUCAGGAUCCAUAUCAGUACUGCUCAAGCAGAAUCAUGAAUUCUUUGGUCCUUAAACCGUGUUUAUAGCCAAAAUUG